ACGGGAGGGCGUGCAGAUUCCGGGGAAAGCCCCACCCGCAGCUGGGCGUUCCUUCCAAGCGGCGGGAGAAGCUCUUUUUUUUUUUUUUUGAGCCCCGCCAUGGCUGCUUUGCAGUUCCUGCUGAUGAUCCCGGCCUUGGGCAAUUUCCUUUUCACCUUCGGGACUGGCGUGGAGCUGAUCCGUUUUAUUUCCUUCCGUGCCGUCUUUUUGCAGCUUCCCGCGGGGGCUGCGUCUCCUCCCCACGGAACCGGCGUGAAUCCAGAUGACACCUCAAAUCCUCAGUGGAACACUGCCCUAAGGGAUCCCAAGAUUCUGCACUCACUCACAGUGGAUGUGGGCCUGAUCGUCCUUUUUAUCCUGCAACACAGCCUGAUGGCUUCUGAUCGGGUCAAACACUGGACCUGCAGCUGCUUUGGGGUCUUGCAGAGAACAGUCUAUGUUUUUUGCACAGGCUUAUCCCUUCAGUUGCUGAUGAGGUAUUGGCAGCCAGUACAGGAUGGUCCUAUGCUGUGGAACACAAACACUGAGCCAUGGACCACUUGGGUUCCACUCAUCUGCUUUAUCCUCCAUUUCAUCUCCUGGCUAAUCAUCUUUAGCAUCAUUCUCAUCUUCGAUUAUGCAGAACUGAUGGGAGUCAAGCAGGUUUAUUACUACUGUUUGGGCAUGGGAGACCCUUUGGUUAUGAAGUCUUCACGGGCCCUCCGUCUCUACGCCCACCUUCGUCAUCCAUUGUACGUGGAAUUCCUCCUUAUCCUCUGGGCUGUUCCCUGCCUCUCCCUUGACCGCCUGCUUCUGGCCUCCCUCUUCACGGUCUAUCUUACCUGUGCUCACAGCCUGGAUGAACAGGAUUACCUCUACCUCCGUGCUCAGCUGGAUAAGAAGUUCCAAAUCUUCUCCCGGGAAGAGGCAGCUUAUGGGGGCUUGUUGGCUCAAAAUGGCCCCUCAGACUACAAGGACAACUGAGUAAGGGCGGGAUAGGUACCGGUUUUGGUUGCAGGGGUGGGAGCUGACUUUGGGGGGGGGGUGUCUGACUGCCAGGUCCCUCCUUGCAAAGCACUGAAUAAUACGCCAUAUCUUAUCUUGAUUGUGCUUUUACAUAAAAAGGACUUGAAGGGCUACUUCCCAAAAAUUUGUUAUCUAUUUAGGCCCAGUCUCUUGUAACUACCUAAAACAAUCUUUCCUAAGCUACUGUUCUCCAUUGUUACGGACUUUGUCCUCAAAAGCAGUAUUAGAUAAAGAUGUUGGGGAUUUUAGUCUGCACACAUUUGGAGAAUGUCAGAUUGGGAUAUUUUUUCCAAUUGUUCAAUUUUCUGGAUUGAAACACACUAAGUUCUACUCGUAUUAUAGAUCAUGUAACAGAGGUGCUGUUUAGGAUCUUAUUGGAGAAGGUUGGAAUAACCGAUUGCCUGGGUUGAUCCCACCUUAGAAUAUUAAGGAGAUCCUUUUUGAUCAUGAAUUUUUCUCUUACUCUGAGAAUCCUUAAUACUGGUUGAAAUCUAGCUAUAAUUGGCCAUUUUCAUGGCAGCCUCUAGAUUGGAUGGUUGUGGGGAGAGCAAAGCAGUUGGUUAAACAAAUGUCAAACUCUGGAAAAGAGGCAUCUCUAGAAUCUUUUCAAGAGCAUAGCAACCCCUUCUGAGUUAAAAAAAAAUGGGGGAAGUGACUCUUUAGCUCUUUAAUGGCCUGCUUUGACUAAGAGAAUGUUUAAAAGGGUCCUUUUAAAAUUAAUAGCAUGCUUUUAUUUAUUUCAAAGGAGCUUUUACUGACCUCUUGCCAUAAUUUUUAAUCAUAGCAUUUUAACCUCAACAUGCAAAUACUUAAAUUUUUAAAGAAAUAUUAGCAGCCAAGUGCACUUAUUUGGAGGAAUAUGUUACAAGGGAAUUAUAGAUUUCUUCAAUAUGAUUUAAGAGUAUACAGUAUGUGUGUGAUGGUUUAAGCUGCUUAAUUACUGUUGCAAAGGUGCCUUGUUUCUGAGGUGAAAAUGUCUUGGAUCAUAGAAGAAAAAACAGAAAUCAAGAAGCUUUCAGUCCAAAUGCUAAUACUAAUAUCUUGGUAUUAGAUUUUCCUAAGGGAUUUCCAAAUCUUUCACUCAUGCUGUUCUUUUAAAAGAUUAUCUUGAUUAAUAGAAACAUUGCACAUGUUAGAGUUCUCAGAUACAGCUAUUCUUGUUAUUCCAAGGCAUGCUGGCUGGGGAAGUCUGGGAAUUGAAAUCCAGACAUCAAGUUGCCAUGGUUGAGAUAUGUUUCUAUAGACCAGUUUUGGUGAACCACUGGCACGGGUGCCGCUUCUGUAACGAAUGCACGGCCUCGCCGGCUCCUCUUCCACAUUUCUGUGCUCAAACAUGUGCCGGUCAGCUGGCCGUCGCGCACGCAGGGAUGACGGACCCUGGAAAAGUGGCGUUCCGGCACACAUGCGCAGGCCAGCACCCAACCUUCCAGGUUGACAUCAGUGCAUGAACGAUGGCCAGCUGUUCAUUGGAUGUUUGGGUGCCGGCUCGCGCAUGCGCGAUGGAUCACCACACUUGCAGGUAUCACCGCUCCCACGCGCGUGAAGGCCAGCUGACCGGCGCGCGUUUGGGCACAGGAACGCGGAAGAGGAGCCGGCGAGGCCACACAUUCGUUGGGAGAUGGUUUCGUGUGCCGCUUCCGGCAUGCAGGCCAGCAUGCAGGAACGCCAAAAGUUCACCGACACUGCUAUAGACCAUUGAAUUAUGGCUCCCCUCCUCCCUCAUCAUCAUGUCAUAGAGUCACAUCUGGGGGCCAUCCAGCAGCAUCAAUAGGGAGAGUUAAAAAAGCUAAGCCCUUUUGUAUAAAGAUGUAUAAAGGGACAGGACUUUUAUUAUAAUGCCCUAUGGAAAUCUUGAACUCCACCCCAUAGGAAGCCACGGUGGGCACCAGUUUGGGGAAGUUGUGGGCAAUGGAAGACCUGCACUUUAACUGCUUAGCAGAAAAACCCUUCAACUUUCUCUAUGGAACAUUACAAUGGAACAUAUUUUUUUAUUAUAAACUGCACCGAUGUGAGGAAUAAAUAAAAUAAACAUGUUCCAUCACUCUAUGAAUAGAAUGUCUGAUUCCUCCUGUCUAUUUUGUUAUAAUUCUUACUUUUGUUAAAGGUACAGGAACCUUCUACAUAUAGCAGGAAGAGGAAAGUAAAAAUUUCUAGCCUGUUGCCGCCUAACAUCUAUUUCUGCUGCCUUAUUUUACAGUGACCUGAAACACCAUCAAUAUUUCAAAACUUUUGUUCUGUCCUUGUAAAUGUAUAUUGUAAUUCUGUAUCUUAAUACUAAUGAAGCUUUUUUAAAAAAAACAAUAUUGGAUUUCAGUGCAAAAUAAAUGUAAUCUAUUUUUUUAAAAAGAUAAAA